AUGAUCGUAUUUGUUACAGAUCAUGAAAGCCAGCCGACGGCACGGCGAGGUUCAGAUGCGGGUGAAUUCGAUAACAUGAAUCUGAAAGCGGCCUGCACCGGCCCGUUUCUCACACUGCACAAGCGCCGUAAGCGGCGUCUGCUAACCAGAUCCCUGCAACAUGACGCAGCUCUGCUGGAUGAUCUACAACUGCGUCAAGUGCAGGCAAGUGGGGAUGACUGA